AGUCUCAGUGUGGUCAUGGUGGCUUUUGGCACAUCUGGGAAAUUAUGCAUUUCCAAGGCAGGUCCCUCCAUUGCAGGUCUGACUGUCCAUCGCAACAGCAGCAGCAGCAGCAGCACCACCCCCAUUGAGAACUUCACUCAAGUAUGUGUCGACUCCUCCCUCUUCGUCUCUUCAUCAGGCAAGUGUCUCUUCUCAACUCACUCACUCAUCUCUUCUGACCAACAAACAAGCACAGAAGCAGCCUUUCAACCUCAUUCCAGAAUGCCUUUUGGAGGAGAAAACAAGUGUGGCCUCUGCCAGAAAACUGUCUACUUGGCUGAAGAAGUGCAGUGCGAAGGGAAGAGCUGGCACAAGUUCUGUUUUAAAUGUGUGGACUGUAGUAAGAGAUUGGACAGCACAACAGCGUGUACCCAUGAGGAUGAGCUCUACUGCAAGUCAUGCUUUGCCAAGAAAUUCGCACCAAAGGAGUAAGGACACAGGAGGACGUUAAAUUCAGGCGACCAACUGUCUAAUGUUGUACAACCUGUCUUCAAAUAUGCCUUGUUGCCAACGUUCAAAAUAAACCUCAGGAAAAAAUGGUGGGCAUUUA